UAUUUUCCCUGUAGAAGGGGUGGGCGUGGGGAGAGGGAAUCCCACGAUCUUCAUCAUACCCCGGCUAGUAGCCUGUUCAUCAUAGACCCCUGCACACUGCCGCGUGCUGCUAGUACAGUAUAUCAGCAAGGACAGCCCGGGACACUGAGCCACCAUGGACCUCCUGACGUCUCUCAGCCUGGACGACCUGGCUGUGUCUUUCUCAAAACUACCUGUCUUCCCUGUGUUCGAUGUGGCUUAUUAUAUUAUCUCCAUCCUGUACCUUAAGUACGAGCCAGGUGCUGUAGCUUUUUCUCGACGCAGUCCUGUCGCCUCCUGGCUGUGUGCAAUGCUUUACUGCUUUGGCAGCUACAUACUCGCAGACGUUUUGCUUGGAGACUCUCCCAUCAGCUAUUUCAGCAAUAAUGCCAAUAUACUUCUGGCAUCUGCUGUUUGGUACUUGAUGUUUUUCUGUCCAAUGAAUCUCUUCUACAAGUGUGUUAGCUUCCUGCCAUUGAAACUUGUCCUUGUUGGCAUGAAAGAGGUGGUACGUGUUCGCAAAAUCGCCAUUGGAAUCCACCACGCCCACCACCACUACCAUCAUGGAUGGAUUAUUAUGGUACUGGUUGGAUGGGUAAAAGGCUCCGGUGUUGCGCUCAUGUCUAAUCUGGAACAGCUCUUGCGUGGUGUUUGGAAGCCAGAGACCAAUGAAAUUCUUAACAUGUCCUUCCCAACCAAGGCCAGCUUCUACGGUGCUAUCUUGUUCACUCUUCAACAGGCCCACUGGUUACCUAUCUCCAAGGCGUACCUCAUUUUCUUCUUUACUCUCUUCAUGGCUUCUUGCAAGAUCUUCAUGACAGCUACUCACUCCCAUGGGUCACCUUUUGCUCCUGUGGAGAACUGCAUCUGCCCUAUCCUUUUUGGAUCUGCAAAUGGUAACCACGAUGAUCAUGAUGACCACCAUCAUCACCACCACCACCAUGAUGACCAUGAGGUGUCACAUUCAGUACAGGCAAAAUCUAAAGAAGAGCUAAAUGAGGGUACUCGCAAAAGGAAAGUGAAGAAAGCUGAGUGAGGAUUACAGGGCCUCACUGAGACAUCACAACGCACUAUGCAUUGCCCAAAGCAGUCUUCAUGUAAAACUUCAGCCUUUUCUUUUUUUUUGUUAUUGAUGGAAAUGGAAGUCCCGCAGUAACUACAGUAAUCUAUUUCUCAAGUUCAAGAACUGCCAGAUCUGAAGAUUGCCAAAUAGUGUCUAUAAAUCAUCCACCAGCAAAAGGAUGCAAGAUCAUUGUAAAACACCUUGCAGAGACAGAUAAUAGAUUUGUAGGGCUGAAUCCAAGAGAGUGAUCCUAUUUCCCUUGCAAAGAUAUUGCUCUCCGGUGUAUGUGCAGCAGAUCACUCUUAAGCAAAGAAAGCUAAUUAUUUCUGUUUACCAAAAAUUCUGAAGUGUUUUUAAUGCAAUAUGCAAAUCUUUUGAUAAUUUAAUAUUUAUUUUUAAAAAUCUAUUUAAAAAUAUUUUUAAAUAAUCUAACUGCUUUCAGUUCGCAGUCUAUCCGCAUAUCCCUUUUUCUAAUUUAUGUAUUUAAAUUAUUUUCUAAAUAAGGCAGAAGCAUUCAUUUUAUGUUACAGAAACACUAAAUAAAGACAUAAAUGGGCACACUGGAGAACAAAGAGCAGAUGAACUAAGAUUUGCUUAGAGUUUAUAAAGCCUGAAAUCUUGUUGGAUGUCAUUUACGGAGUGCAAAUGCUACUGUAGUUCUACCAUGCCAUUUAUGCCUGGACUCACUCUUUGCCUUAGUUUGCAAAUGUGCACCAAGACUUCAGCCAGGGCACUUUGGUUUGCGGGGCGAGAGGGCCAUAAUUGAAGAGGAGCAGAAGUUUGCACAGGCAGAGAACAUGCGUUGAAGAGUUAAGUUCCUAGAGCAGGCACACUGAUGCUUCUCAUCUGUGAUGCAGAGCUGAGACUAAAUAUGAUUUUGAGCGACAUAUUUAAAUGGGAUAGGGAAUUGCGGACAGUGCUUUUUCAGGGGCAUUUCUUUCCAUGAACAACCGUUCCCCUUUGCAAACGGACUGGCAGAGAUCAAGCUUUAGGGGGUCAUUCCGACAUUUUUUGCAGCGCUGCGAUCAGGUCAAAACUCGGCAAAUCUGCGCAUGCGUAUGCACCGCAAUGCGCAAGCGCGCCAUACGGGUACAGGGGGUCAUUCCGACCUGAUCGCACGCUAGCUAUUUUUUGCAGCACUGUGAUCAGGUCAAAACACGGCAAAACUGCGAAUGCGUAUGCACCGCAUUGCGCAGGUAUGUUGUAUGGGUACAAAGCGGGUCGGUGCUGGGCGAUGGAUUUAAUGAAGAAUCCAUUCACACAGUCGAUCGCAAGAAGAUUGACAGGAAGAGGGCGUUUAUGGGUGUCAACUGACUGUUUUCAGGGAGUGGUUAGAAAAACGCAGGCGUGUCCAAGUGUUUGCAGGGCGGGUGUCUGACGUCAAUUCCGGUACCGGACAGGCUGAAGUGAUCGCAGCGGCUGAGUAAGUUCAGACCUACUCAGAAACUAAACAAAACAUUUUUGUACCGCUCGGCUGCACAAGCGUUCGCACACUUGCAAAGCAAAAAUACACUCCCCCGUAGGCGGCGACUAUCUGAUCGCAGCGCUGCAAAAAAUGGAUAGCGAGCGAUCAACUCGGAAUGACCCCCACAAAGCGGAUCAUUGCUGAGCGAUGGAUUUUACGAAGAAUUCAUUUGCACAGCCGAUCGCAAGGAGAUUGACAGGAAGAAGGCGUUUAUGGGUGUCAACUGACCGUUUCCUGGGAGUGUUUGGAAAAACACAGGUGUGUCCAAGCGUUUGCAGAGCAGGUGUCUGACGUCAAUUCCGAGACCGGACAAACUGAAGUGAUCACAGCAGCUAAGUUCAGAUCUACUCAGAAACUGCACAAAACUGUUUUUGUACUACUCGGCUGCACAAGCGUUCGCACACUUGCAAAGCGAAAAUACACUCCCCCAUAGGCGGCGACUAUCUGAUUGCAGCGCUGCAAAAGAUAGCUAGCGAGCGAUCAACUCGGAAUGACCCCCUUAAUCCUAUAGCCCAUACAGUGCACUGUAUAAAGAACUGAAAUUAUUAUAAAUUGGGCAGCUGGACAGCCUGAGAUGGUUUCCACUAUAGUACAUCUUUUCCACCUAAGUCUUGGGUCUGACCCAAGAUUUGGAAUACAGUUCCAAAGCGGGUCAGACCCAGGACUGGCCCUUUUCCACUGCAACUCCAACCCAAAUUAGUCCCAGGUCACACGGGUGUAGUAACCGCUGGGAGUCUCAGCUGCAGUGAGACUUCGGCUCCGUCCCCUGAUGUCACUCACCCUGUUCCCGGAUAGUCUCAUCGCAGCAAUAAGUAGUCAGGUGCGUUGCUGUCCUUCCCAUGCCUCAAACGGAAGCCGUUUACAAUGCCGCUUAAUCGGGGUCCUUCCCGGGAUCAACCCUCCAAGUUAGUCGGGUCCUUCCCGGGACCAACCCUGCAAGCUGGAUGUCUACUGAGCCCAGACCCGGGUUAUCACUGCAAUAUCCCAGAUUUUCGCAGUAGUGGAAAAAGGAUAUUGGCGUGAGUUUGGGGUACCCCUGUUAUAGUGAAAAUUGGCCCAGGCUGAUAAGCGCCAGGCUAGUGUACACUUGAAGGUACAUUUCAGCACACUUAUGCAGUACAAAGAUUUUUCCUGUGGUGCGCUUCAUAAAUGACUCCCAGUGUUUUCUCUGUUAUUAUUGUUUCAUCUUAAAUUGGUGAUCUUGCAUGGAGAUAAAUAAUUUACAUAAAAGAAAA